GCCAUUUGAUUACAGGGUUAUUUUCUGUCUGUUCUUUUAUCCCUCAGACACAAUGAAUGUUUACCAAACAGCAGAGAAGGAGGUCAUCUCAGGGCUGUCUUACAGGAAAAGAAGUGACAGUGUUAUAUGGAAUUAUGAAUCUACUGCCACCAUGGAGAUGAAUCCAGAGGGCCUACCUUCCCUGGACUACAGGGAAGAGGACCCCCCUCCCAACCAACACUUCAAGUACCACAGCAGCCUGCAGAACAUGAUCCCAUUCCGUUUCUCAAACAAGUCCAACCCCAUGGACGAUGCAGGCUUCUUCUCCUUCACCUCGUUUGCCUGGAUGACUCCCAUGAUGUGGAGCCUGUUCAGGAACCGACUGGACAAGAGCUCCCUGUCUCUGUCUUCUCAUGAUGGGGCCGAAACCAAUGGGAAGAGGUUCGAGAGGCUUUGGGAGGAAGAGGUAGCUAAGGUGGGACUAGAGAAAGCUUCUUUAGGUGGAGUCUUCAUGCGCUUCCAAAGGACCCGAUCCCUGGUGGCCUUCCUCGUCGCCAUCCUCUUCGCGCUCUCUGUGUUUAUCGGACCGGCGGUUCUGGUGUAUGAGAUCCUGAACUAUGCAGAAAACCCUGGGACGUCUACUCUGCUCCACGGUGUGGGUCUGUGUGUGGCUCUGUUCACCUCAGAGUUCUCCAAAGCCUUCUUUGCCUCUCUACUGUGGGCUGUUAACCUGAGGACGGCCAUCAGGGUGAAGAGUGCCUUCUCUGUCGUCGCCUUCCAGAAGAUCAUCUCUCUCAGAUCCGUCAGCAACCUCUCUGUGGGAGAGAUGAUCAACGUGCUGACCAGUGAUGGCUACAGGAUGUUUGAGGCUGUGCUGUUUGGUACCUUCCUGCUGUGUAUCCCUGUGCUACUGACCGCCUGUAUGAUCUACGCCUGCUACACUCUAGGAUACACUGCCCUCAUAGGGGUCUCUGUCUACCUCAUCUUCAUCCCCAUACAGUUUUUCAUGGCCAGACUGAUCCAAGUGUUCAGGAGGAAAGCAGUGAGCGUCACAGACACUCGUGUCCGCACCAUGAACGAGGUUCUCACCUGCAUCAAACUCAUCAAGAUGUAUGCCUGGGAAACCUCCUUCGAGAAGAAAAUCACCGACAUCAGGAAGGCUGAGAAGCAGCUGCUGGAGAUGGCUGGCUACAUCCAGAGUAUCAACUCCUCCAUCACAACCAUCAUCCCCACCCUGGCAACCAUCCUCACCUUCGUAGUCCACACCCUGCUGGGCCUGCCCCUCAGCUCCUCGGAAGCUUUUACCACAAUCGCCAUCUUUAACUCCAUGCGGUUCUCCCUGGGUUUGCUGCCGUUCUCUGUCAAAGCCAUAGCCGAGGGACUGGUAUCGCUAGCCCGGCUAAAGAAACUGCUGAUGACACAGAACCCAGACUCGUACCUGGUCCAGAGACACGGGUCCUCCUCGGCCCUGGUCAUGGAGAAGGCAACAUUCACCUGGGCCAGGCCUGAAGGACAGACAACCACUACGGCACCAGGCACCACAGCCUCUCUGAAGGGAGGGAAGGUGGAACCACAGGGCCAGAACGGGACUCACACACCGGGCAAGACCAAGGCCAAGCCCACCCUGAGAAACAUCUCCUUCAACCUGCCUAAGGGAAACCUGCUUGGUAUCUGUGGCAACGUGGGAAGUGGGAAGACAUCGCUGAUAUCGAGCAUCUUAGAACAGAUGCACCUGCAGCAUGGUUCAGUCACAGCAGACGGACAGUUUGCCUACGUUUCCCAGCAGGCCUGGAUCUUCCACGGUACGGUCCAAGACAAUAUCUUGAUGGGGGAACCCUUCAACCAGACCAGGUAUGACAAAGUCAUCAGUGCCUGUAGCCUGAUACCAGAUCUGGCUAUUCUUCCCUAUGGCGAUCAAACUGAGAUAGGUGAGCGAGGCCUGAACCUGUCUGGGGGUCAGAAGCAGAGGAUCAGUCUGGCCAGAGCAGUCUACUCCAACAAAGACAUCAUCCUGCUGGACGACCCUCUGUCUGCGGUGGACGCCCACGUAGGGAAACACAUCUUUGAGGAGUGUAUCAAGAAGACCCUGAAGGGGAAGAGUAUCAUCCUGGUCACCCAUCAACUACAGUAUCUGGAGUUCUGUGAUGAGAUACUGGUGUUGGAGAGUGGGAAGAUAAAGGAGGCAGGGACACACAAAGCUCUGAUGAAAGCUAAAGGCCGAUACGCACAGAUGAUCAACAACUUCCAGAUGGAGCAUUCACAGGAACAACCUGAGGAGCAGCCGAUACAACCAGACCCCGUCGACACGAAGGAGAAGAACCUGGAUGAUCACAAGGGAAAAGGACUAGAAAACCCAGCUUUUGACAUGUCUGAUGAGAAACCAGACGAGUCGGAAGGAAGUCCAUCGGUAUCACAUUUUUCUAAGGACCAGCUGGUGACUCAGGAGGGUUCUCAGGAGGGUUCUGUUGCCUGGAGGACCUACCACCAGUACUGUAAAGCUGCAGGAGGGUACAUACUGCUGUCUCUCAUCAUCAUCAUCUUCAUCUGCUUGGUGGGGACCACUGCCUUCAGCAACUGGUGGCUCAGCUACUGGCUGGAGCAGGGAUCAGGGACAGCGAACGUGUCGAAUUCCACCGCAGGGAACAUCUCCCUGAACCCUGACCUGAGCUUCUACCAGAUGAUUUACGGCCUGGUGGUGGUGGCCAUGCUGGUCUUCAGCUUCAUGAAGGGCUACUCUUUCACCAAAGUCACGUUGCACACAUCCUCCAAGCUACACGACACCAUGUUCAGAAACAUCCUGAACAGCCCCAUGAGUUUCUUUGACACCACCCCAACGGGACGUAUGGUGAACCGUUUUUCCAAGGACCAGGAUGAGGUGGAUACCAUGCUGCCAUUCAACAUGGAGAACUUCCUGCAGUUCAGCCUGGUGGUCACCUACACCAUCGUCACCAUCUCGGCCGUGUUUCCUCCGCUACUCAUCGCCAUCACGCUGCUGGGAGCCAUCUUCACACUCAUACUCUAGUGAGUCAACCGGCAUCUUCACACUCAUACUCUAGUGAGUCAACCGGCAUCUUCACACUCAUACUCUAGUGAGUCAACCGGCAUCUUCACACUCAUACUCUAGUAAGUCAACCGGCAUCUUCACACUCAUACUCUAGUGAGUACACCGGCAUCUUCACACUCAUACUCUAGUGAGUCAACCGGCAUCUCUACAGUUCGGUCAUUUACCCAGGGUGACAUACUGUCAGUUUGGUCAUUUACCCAGGGUGACAUACUGUCAGUUUGGUCAUUUACCCAGGGUGACAUGCUGUCAGUUUGCUCAUUUACCCAGAGUUUCUUUGACACCAUACAGUCAGUUUGGUCAUUUAACCAGGGUGACAUACAGUCAGAUCAGUCAUUUACCCAGGGUGACAUGCAGUCAGUUUGGUCAUACAGUCAGUCCUGUGUGGUGUGUUCUGAGUAUGUUGUGUCCUGAGACCUGUAUGGUGUGUCCUGAGUCCUGUGUGUUCUGAGUCCUGUAUGGUGUGUCCUGAGUCCUGUGUGUUCUGAGUCCUGUAUGGUGUGUCCUGAGUCCUCUGUGGUGUGUUCUGAGUCCUGUGUGUUCUGAGUCCUGUGUGUUCUGAGUCCUGUGUGGUGUGUUCUGAGUCCUGUGUGUUCUGAGUCCUGUGUGGUGUGUUCUGAGUCCUGUGUGUUCUGAGUCCUGUGUGGUGUGUUCUGAGUCCUGUGUGGUGUGUUCUGAGUCCUGUCUGUUGUGUUCUGAAUCCUGUGUGUUCUGAGUCCUGUCUGGUGUGUUCUGAGUCCUGUGUGGUGUGUUCUGAGUCCUGUGUGUUCUGAGUCCUGUGUGGUGUGUUCUGAGUCCUGUGUUCUGAGUCCUGUGUGUUGUGUUCUGAGUCCUGUGUGUUCUGAGUCCUGUGUGGUGUGUUCUGAGUCCUGUGUGGUGUGUUCUGAGUCCUGUGUUCUGAGUCCUGUGUGUUGUGUUCUGAGCCCUGUGUGUUCCGAGUCCUGUGUGUUCUGAGUCCUGUGUGUUCUGAAUCCUGUGUGUUCUGAGCCCUGUGUGUUCUGAACCCUGUGUGUUCUGUGUCCUGUGUGUUCUGAGUAUGGUGUGUUCUGAGUCCUGUGUGUUCUGAGUCCUGUGUGUUCUGAGUCCUGUGUGUUGUGUUCUGAGCCCUGUGUGUUCUGAGUCCUGUGUGCUGUGUUCUGAGUCCUGUGUGUUCUGAGUCCUGUGUGUUCUGAGUCCUGUGUGUUGUGUUCUGAGCCCUGUGUGUUCUGAGUCCUGUGUGGUGUGUUCUGAGUCCUGUGUGGUGUGGUCUGAGUUCUGUGUGUUCUGAGUCCUGUGUGCUGUGUUCUGAGUCCUGUGUGUUCUGAGUCCUGUGUGUUCUGAGUCCUGUGUGUUGUGUUCUGAGCCCUGUGUGUUCUGAGUCCUGUGUGCUGUGUUCUGAGUCCUGUGUGUUCUGAGUCCUGUGUGUUCUGAGUCCUGUGUUCUGAGUCCUGUGUGUUGUGUUCUGAGCCCUGUGUGUUCUGAGUCCUGUGUGCUGUGUUCUGAGUCCUGUGUGUUCUGAGUCCUGUGUGGUGUGUUCUGAGUCAUGUGUGGUGUGUUCUGAGUCCUGU